AUGCGUGCCGCCGAGACAUGGCACCAUCGUCCGAGCGACCCAUUCAUUCUGCAUGAGUUCCAGAAAGCUGCCGGAUCCGUGCCGGUGCAUAGUAGCAUUACUAGACCGUUGAGUUUCUCUCUGGUCAUUGACGUGUACUUUCACCUGAAUCGAGGUAUCCGAGGCAAGCAUGUUGGACGCAUUCCGUGCUGUGAACUUCGCCAGCACUCUGUCUUCUGGGUCCGGAUGCCUCUGCUGCAUAAGCCGAGUGUGCGCUAUCGAGACAAAUUGACCAGUAACCACCCUGUCGGGUCUACCCGCAUGGAUCUUCCUGGUUGGGCUGCAUGGGUCAUGUGUGGUGCUGGGCGUCUGGUAUUUGGGGAGGCGUAA